AUGAGUGAAUGUAUUGUUUUUGAUAGUGAUUUGCAAGGAUGGAAUAAAGAUGAAUUUUUUAAGAUUUUUGGGUUUUCUCUUUCUAAGUCUAUUAAAACUAUUGAUUAUUAUUCAUAUGAUUCUCAGUUAUCUUUUUUUCAAUACUUUCCAAAAAAGAAGCAAUUACCUUCUAACCCAAUGAACCAAUGUAUAGGUGUCUGUCUUCCAGUAGAAGGGAAGCAUAUUUUAUUUCAUCUUGGAAUGAAUGAUUUUGAAAGUGACGUUAAUUUUCUAACAAUAAGAAGUACUAAAUCAUUUUCUCGUAUUCAUCUUUUAGAUGAUUUUUUCCUUCUACAAGAAGGUGAUGUAUUACCUGAGAUGGAAUUUCAAACUUUAAGGUUGAUAGUAAUUCAAGUUUUAUGA